AGCAACAACAACAGCUUGACAACAAGGUAGUUUACUUUCACGUUUUCAAAAUUUUUGGCUCUUUGCUUUUAUCAAUUUGAUGCGCAGUAAAGGCCACAUGGAUAUCAGUGUCUAUACAAAAGUCCGCGUUGUAAUGCCUAGUCAUAAAUUUGAAGAUGAAUAUGAAUUUUGGAAACAUUUGAGUAGCACAAAUUAAAUUUUAACACAAUGGAACUGGAUGAAAGGCUUCGCUGGAUUGAGAUCAGGGUGGCCUCCUCAUUAAAGCCAAGAGCAGAAGAACUCAAGCGGCUUUUUUCAAGUAAAGAAAACAGGGAAAUCAUGUUUGAGUUUUGCAAUAACCAAGAGCGUCGUUACUUGAUGAUAUAUUCCUCCAAUGUUCCUGGAGAAGGUUUGAUUGCCUCUUUCAAAGCACCCCAUCACCUUGCCGAAAAAUCGAUGUUUUUUUGUAAAACAAACCAAGCGAACAAACUAUUGAGGGAUAAUAUUGCAGACGAUGUUGGAUUUUGUGACUGUUCGCAAAAACCGUUGAAACACGUAAAGCGCCUUGUGAAGGAUGUGUAUUUGCCUGUGUUGAGUAUCGAACAUGGUGGAAGCGUCAGUGCAGAUAAACUAAUGGAUCUUCUGCAUCGUGUUGUGGCAAAUCUUCAUGUCUUUGAUGGUAAUAAUGAGAACAAGAUUGCCCUCUCUCUUCCGUCUAUCGAGGUACUUUCAGAAGCGGCAGCGUUCAGUGGUCGUCGACCUGCGGUUAUUCAUGUUCUGGAAACCACAGUCGUUAAUUGGAUCAAGCAAAUCAAGGUUGCGUUAAAACUAGAUCCCGAAGUGGAAAAGUCAAAAUAUGGAGGAACCUCGCCUGGGCCACUGACCGAAAUCGAGAUGUGGUCUGGACAUUUAAGCCGAUUAAAUUUCAUUAAUGAACAACUACGUUCACCUAUUGCUGUUAAUAUUGUCAUGAACCUGGAAGACGCCAACAGUACAUAUGGGCAGAGUUUUCAUUUAGUUAAAAAAGAGUUAACCAAGGCCGAAUCUGAGUGCAACGAAAAUCUUGAAUAUUUGGGAACGUUACUUCCUUGGUUUAAAACUCUUCAUAAUGCUGACUCGCCUUCAGUAAUGCUGUCAACAUUUCCUCCAUUGAUGCACACCCUUUAUCUUGUUUGGGUUUACUCUAGAUACUACCACGAAAAGAGUCAUUUCUAUCGUUUGAUGUGCAUGUUAUCCAAUGAAGUUGUGGCAAGAGCGAAAUCGCUUGUGAGUCACAACGUUCUGGACAAAUUGGACGAGUCGUUUCAAAGUUUAAAGGAUGCUUUACGUGUCUGUGCAUCAUUUCGUGGAUGUUAUUUGGACAAAAAGGAUAAAGCGGAUGCUUUAAACCAAAAGAAACUUCUGCAAAUCCCUGGAUCGAGUUUAGAGCAAUCUGAGUUGCAUAAACAGAAGCGUGAAAGAGUUGGCAGAUCCAGCAUUAUACGCAAACAAUCUGCAGCUCAGCAGCUUGCCGAACAAAAGAUUGACAUGUGGACAGAUUCGCCAUGGCCAGCGAGGAAUCACCAGGUAUUCGGCGCAUUGAACACUUUCAUGGAGCGAUGUAACGAUGUCUUGGAGCUCGUACAAACCACAACACAUUUCAAGAAGUUACGACUUGCUUCAGAGAUUGGGGGAGCUGGAGGGACUAACUUGAAUAGCUUGGUGGAAGAAAUCUAUGGCCAUUUUCAAGAAGCUAUUGUGAAAAUACGUGAAUAUAACCUGGAUGUUUUGGAAGUAGACGAAGCUAACCAGUUCGAGAAAGCUUUCUUUGCAUUCCGGUCUGUUAUGAGGAGCCUCGAAUGUCGUCUUGCUGAUGUUCUUCGUCAAAGCUUCAAGCAGUGUCCUGACACGGCGGCAAAGUUACGAUUACUGGAGGUGUUUGAAGGCACGAGUGGCAGAGAACUUGUACAGGAGAAUCUGUUCAAUAUUUGUGACGAAAUGUUGAUGAAUUUCACUAAAAUUCUGAUCGAUGUAAAAGAACACUUCGAGCAACGUGUAAACGAUCCUCCUCUUCAUGUUCAUCUACCUCCUAUUGCAAGCAAAUUGAUGUGGUUGAAAGGAUUGAAAGCCAGAGUUGAUGAACCCAUGUCAAAGUUUCGAAAGCUAUCUGUUUCCUCAUUCAAAGGAGACAAAGGCUGGAAAUUACGUGAUACAUAUAACGAUUUAAUAAAAGAGAUCGAACGAGCCGAAUUACAAACAGUAUUGGCGUGGCAAAAUUCCAUUCAAGACGAUUUAAGAACCAAGUUGAAAGCACCGUUACUGGUUCAAGUAACAGAUCCUGAGGAGGGCUAUACGACCAUUCAAGUGAACUUAGAUUUAGACUUGCUGUCUUUAUUAAAAGAAGUUUACUAUUUAGCGGAUCCUCCAUUCCUCGUGAGACUUCCUGAUCCAGCACGCCUUCUUUUACGUAAUAUAGACGAUAAUCUUUUGCGAACAACCGCUGCUAGAUUGGAGACCAUUGUUUCGCGAUACAAUGCAAUAAACCAGAAUAUUCAACUUAUCGAAGUACCUUUGUUUGAAAGAAAACUCGCGAAAAUUAACGAGCUGCUAGAACAAGGCAUUCAUCAAUACACAUGGAAAACAGUGGAAUCAGCUGAUUUUGUUGAACACUUGUGCUCACUUGUCUGUGAAGAUGUUCAUAAGAAUCUCUGUGUGGUACAAAACAACUACAGAGAGAUCGGUAACGUUGUGGCAUCCUGGUCUCAAGAUACCUGCCUUGAUGCUUUCUCGUCUCGCGAUAAACAUCGCUCAUAUUCUAUUGAUGAUCUAAACGCUUUGCACAGGGAAACGUACAAUGUUACUGAGCAUUCCAUUGUUAUGGGAGGUCAUCGCAUUCAUGCUUUACUCUUGUCCACGUUUGAGGCUGUUCAAAUAAGUCGUGCCUCGCCAGCCUGGCAGGAUUACAUUCAGUGUGUUAGUGAACUGGUGUUGGAAGGUCUUAAAAAGUCGGUUUUAGUAUCGCUCGAGGGAAUGAUGGAUGAAGUUAACUGUACCACAAAGGAAAACGAUGGCGUUACACCAGUUCUUACAAUCAGACUGGUGUUAUCUGGCUCGCAAGUUGUGUUUAUUCCAAAACUUGACGAAGAUGAUGCCACAACUAGUGUACAAGAGUAUGUCGAGAGUUGGAUUGAGGAGUUCUUGAAGCGUGCAGACAUGGUUAAACCCUUUGAACCAGGACUCAAGACAUACCACAGUCUUAUAACUAAUCUUCAUGAAGUGCGGGAGUUGAUGUCUUCGAUAAACGACAUUGUUAAAAACAAUGGUAUCCAGUGCCAGAACUUACUUGGAACAUUCCGUCAGUAUGCUUUUCUUUGGAUGCAAGAUGUCGAAAGAACAUUUAAAGAAUUCCUCGCUGGAAAUAUCGUUGCACAUCCUCGUGAUGACAUGUCAGGAGCCGAGGCAUUACGAACAGGGGCGUCACUAACUUCUCAGAGGGCAAAGAGAGACAAAGGAACUAAAACGCCUAUACACACUCCAGGUGCUUAUUCUCUCGAUGUUAGUGGAGCUUUAGGUUUGUCAGAAAAAACCUUCCUAAACGCAAAUAAACACAGCACAGAGAGCAGCGAGGCAGAAACUGCAACCAUUCCAUCAUUGGAUGACUUUGACAAAGAAUUGGAAAUAUUUAGAGCCAGUCGCGAUGAAAUUCGUGCCCUCCAGGAUUGGUGUGAUAUUGGUUUCACACGAGUCAACAUGCGUCCAAUCAAACAAGUCUUGCAAACGUAUGCCAGCAAGUGGAUGUUUACUUAUACAAAGUAUUUGUCUGACCAGGUGUCCAACAUUUUAAAUGAUCUGGACUCGUUUCUUAAACGCAUUGAACCGGGCGUGGAAGCGAUUACUGGAGAGGAACGAGAUAUAACUUCUUUUAUGCGAUUAAUGGGAAUAUUUAACGAGAUUAAUACUCAGCAAGGAGAGAUGGACAGCAAGUUUGUUGCAAUGAAGAGAUCGAUCAUGCUGCUGGAAAAAUACGAUCAGAAGCUCCCUGACACAACACAGAAAUUUUAUGCAGCGGCACCACAAAAGUGGAACAAUCUGAAAAUGAAAGUUGCACAGGCCAAACAACGACUGGGACCUCGAAUACAGUCUGAAGAAAGAAGUGUAACUGCCGAGCUUGAAGCGUUUGGAAAACGAUGCGAUCUUCUUGUUCGUGAGUUUAUGGCGUCCGAAGCAUUCAAACGAAAUUGCUUGAUCUAUACCGCUUUUAAUAUAAUGGAUAUGUACGAGAAGAGAAUGAAGAUACUUGAAAACGAGGCCCAGGAUUUGAUUGAGCUACAAGAACUUCUUGAGAAGAAUAUUGUCAAUUUUUCUGUUUUACCACAAGUUGAAUCUGAUUUAGAAUGCCUACGCGAGGUGUGGAAUAUGUUUCGGUCUGUUCAAGAGCAGCAAAAUGAUUGCAAACGGCAACGAUGGCUCAAAUUAGAUGCGAAGCUACUUCAGAAAGUUUUAGAUGGACAUAUAGAACAAGUAAACUCGCUGUCAUCUCGCAGUCAUACAUGGGAUGUUCAUGUUGGAAUGUUGGAUUCAAUCAUUGAUAUGCAAGCGUGCCUACCAAUUGUGGAGGAUUUGCAAAAGGCCGCAUUGCGUCCUCGUCACUGGAAACAGCUGCUGCGAUUAGCUGGUGAAAACGUCCACAUUGUUGCAAAUGAUGGCCUGGUUAAGAUGUCCUUCGGACAACUCAUUGAGUUCGGCCUUCAUCAUCACACUGAUGAAGUACGCACAAUCAUCCAAAAAGCAACAAAAGACGUGGCCAUUGAAAGUUCACUGAAAACGUAUGAAGAAGUGUGGUUGAGUAAAGUCUUUGAACUGAAACGCUACAAGAAAGCCAGGGUGUCCUCUGCAGCAAUGGUUACAGGAAAUCAAGAGGCGAAUGCAAGUGAGGUGGACUCUGAAGCUCAAGGCCAUGGUGGACACCGUGGUAUAUCUGGUAGAUACUCAGUGGCGAGUUAUGGCAGUGGUGGACUUAGUCAUAAAGAAAGCAAGACCCGUAGAACAACCCCUUCGCUUGCAUCCGGGGCAUUCUCCCAGUCGCUAAUGAACUUGACGCAAGAUUCUGGACCACUUUGUUUGCUGACAAACUGUGAUCCCAUUUUUGAGGAACUUGAAUCCCACCAGGUUUCUCUUCAGAGUAUGUUAUGCGGAAGUGCGGCCAGUUCGUUUACUGAUGAAAUUCAAAAAUGGCAAAAACAACUUCAGACUAUCGAAGCAGUUCUCACGGUAUGGCUUGAAGUUCAGGACAAGUGGGUUGAACUGGAGGAUAUUUAUGCGAGUUUUGAAGUUCGUAUCGCCUUACCUCACGAGGCUAAUCUUUUUGCCGCUGUCAACCGUGAUUUUCGUGUGUUAAUGAAGGCGACAGAAAGGAAUACAAAUGUCCUUCAAAGUUGCGCGAGAACUAACAUACAAGCAAAACUGGAGAAAAUGCAAAGCAACUUACAGCAGUGCUGGAAAUCGCUGCUUGCUCUUCUAGAAAGAAGACAACAAAAAUUCCCAAGGUUUUAUUUCCUCUCCACUGAAGAUGUUCUUCAUGUAGUUUGUAAUGGUCAUCAUCCAGCCCUUGUGAAUCCAUAUCUAUCCAAAGUUUACGAAAACAUCGUUGGACUUCAGUAUAAGACUGUUGUUGUUGAUAACCAGUCAGCCUAUCAUGUCUCUGGCGUGGUUAGCAAAAUGGAAGAAUCUCUUGAACUUCCUGAGGUCAUUGUAUGCGACAGUACUAUCGAAAACUGGUUGCAAGAAGUCGAGAGGUCCCUUAAAAACGUUUUAAAUGGACAAAUGGCGUGUGUUAUUGACAAAUUUGGUGAAACGUAUUGGCAGUCGUUAAACAGCGCUGACGGUGACAUUGAAAAAACCUGGAUGCUUGAAAAUGCUGCGGAAAUCGUCUUGCUCGUUACCAAUAUUGACCUGAACUCAAGCAUUGAACGUUGUUUAAAAGAAACUGGUCGGGAACAAUGGAACUCUCUAAAAGAACUAUCAAAAAAAUUAAAAGCAACAAUUGCAACGACCAGCCGUAUGUUGAAGACAGGCGACGUUACUUCAAUCGACAAAAGUAGUUUAGGCACACGAGGUCGCGGCAGUCGUCCAUCUACAAAAAGUGAUAUUCGAUCUUUGCAUUCAAGGGACGGUAGUCAGAGACCGUUAACCCAGGAAACUACUCCAUCUCACAACAGCGGUACACAAUAUUAUCCCUAUCAAUAUCAAAAAUUAGUUAAUCUUAUAACUUUACUCUUUCACAAACGAGAUAUUAUUCGUAAACUGUUGGGUCUAUUGUCCGCGGGUUCUACCGAACUUCUACGGUCCUUCGAGUGGUCUUCUCAAGUGAAGUAUGAAUAUUCAAAGGAAGAUGGUUCCCUGAAUGUGAAGAUCCUUAAUACUAGUUUUUCAUACGGUAUGGAAUAUCAAGGUGCUUGCCCCAGACUUGUUCUCACACCCAUGACAGAAAAGUGCUUCGUCAGUUUGGCCCAAGCAGUCAUGUGUCAUGCCGUCGGGAUGUGUGUAGGACCAUCGGGUUCUGGCAAAAACGAGACAAUUCGCGAUUUUGCAAGGGUGUGUGGUCAGCCGUUUUACCCAUUUACAUGUGCAAAAACGAUGGACCAAACAUUCUUAACUGGAAUAUUUAAAGGAUUAGUUAUGACAGGAGCAUGGAUUUGUUUUGGAAAGAUCAAUGUUAUUGAGAAGAGCAUUCUAUCAGUUGUUGUCCAGCUUAUCCAAGGAGUAAUGAACAGUCUUAAAGCACAUAAAACUUCUGUGAAUAUAGAGAAUGAGGAUCUUACCCUGUUACCAUCUGCCGCUUGUUUUGCUACAAUGACCCCCACUGGAUCACCAAACGAUCCAUUUAAACGAUCCUUUGAUUAUUUUUCAUCCGUGCCGUCUGCUUUAUCGGAGUUGCCGAAGGAACUUGUGGAAAGGUUACGUCCCGUAUCGUUCACACCACCCGACAUCCGAAAAAUAUCUGAAGUUUUUCUUGCAGCCAAUGGAUUUUCCACAGCAUCCGAACUUUCCGAUGCGAUGUUUCGACUUCAGGGUGUAUGCGAGACGUUUAUCCCAUCCUUCGCUUGUGUUGAAAGGCAGAUUAAAGGACUUCCUUCGGCGUUUAUGGCGAAAGGUUCUGGUUGGAGUGUAUUGUGUGUACAGAAGAUCAUUAAUGAUGCUGCAAAUAAUUUGUACGAGCACGGAUUUUCUGAAACGGAACAUUUAGAUGGUGAUGCAACAGUGCUCGUAAUUCCUGAUUCUACCGAGGAGGUGUCAACGUCUGAAGUUAACCAAGAGAAUGAAUCAGGUAAACAAACGCCGACCCUGGCCGAAGCUUCUAGGUUGCAGCAGCUUGAAGAGAUUGCACUUGUUGAAGCUAUUAGAGACACAUUUCUUCCUGGAUUGUCCGCGUCUGAUGCUGUUAUCUUUGCUACCCUCAUCGAUGACGUAUUUCAAUCUGUGGAGGCAGCGACCAUUUUUCAGGGUAGUAUGCGGGAACAAACGUCUGUUUCGCGUGAUACCGAUUCAAAGAUUGGCCAGAUAUUCGAUAAACCAGCUGAGUUAUCCAUUCCAUCGAAAAGCGAAGAAGUGACUGAAGGAGAAACUUCGGCCAUCAGUGUAGCUAUGAAAAGACUGGGCCUGCAACCAGGGAACACAUUUGAAGCUAGAGUGGCCCAGCUUGCUCAACUUAUUGCCGUCCAUAAAACAAUUGCUGUGGUGGGUCCAACUGGUUGUGGUAAAACAGAAUGCAUUAAAACGGUCGCUGCGGUUCACAGAGAGAUGGGACGGAUUGUGCGUAGGGACAUUAUUUGCACCGGAGCACUUGAGUCCCUUGAACUCAUGGGAUAUUACGAUUCUACCACGAGUGAAUGGAAAGAUGGCCUCGUACCUAGCAUACUACGGAAACAUGCUCAGCAGUUGAAGUCCAGUGAACAAUCUUCAGGGGUUAAGCCAACACCAUUUGCUAAGUGGAUCCAUCUUGAUGGAAUUAUCAACUCAAUUCAAGGGGAAGCAUUCGACACGAUGAUUCAAAAUAGUGGCACUGUGGUGUUUCAAAGUGGUGAAAGGAUCAGAAUUCCUGCCUCAUUGGAGAUCAUCUGGGAGAUUGAAAACCUGGAGCACGUGAACCCAGCAACAGUGUGCCAAAUUGGUUUGCUUUGCAUGACCAAGGCGGAUGUCGGGUGGCAGCUAUUGAUGAACAGAUGGAUAAACAAGAAACCAGAUCGAGAAGCGGAACUACUUCGUACCUUGUGCGACCGCUAUGUUUCACCAACCCUAGAGUUUCUACGUGCCAGUACAUCCGUACCACCACGACCAGGUGCUGCACCUACCAAGACGAAGUACAAAGCUUUAGAAAAUGUUGUGUUUACGCCAGAGAUAAAUAUGAUCGAGACGUUGAUUUCGUUGGUCGAGGCCUCAGUUUCCCAUCAUUCAGACCUCAUGCCAGUUGAAUACGAAAAUCAUUUCAAUUUCGCUGCCAUCUGGGCUUUUGGAGGAUCUUUGAAAGAAAGUCAUCGCGUCCAUUUCAGUCAAUGGUGGAAAAAUCAAUGGAAAGAUUUCUUAGUGCUUCCAGGAAAUAAGGAGGUUUGGGAUUACUUUGUCUCUCCCGAUACUCACGAAUUUUGCUGUUGGAACGAAGCAAUACAACCGUACGCAAUGCCGCCUGGAGAAGGCAUACCACAUAAUGCCUACGUUCAUACUGUUUAUAAUGAGGCUUUCUCUCAUUUAGUUGGUCUAUUGAGUGAAGCAGGCAGGCCAGUAAUGUUUAUUGGUGAGCAAGGUUGUGGUAAAACAUCAAUUGUUCGAGAUAAAUUGUACAACCAGGAUGAUGACGUAGCUGAGUUUCACUCCCUAAGCGUAUACUGUAAUAGAUUCACUUCAUCGAGGACACUAUGGCGCAACAUCGAUAAUUGUUUGGAAUGGAAGCAUGGCAGAACAUAUAUUCCCAAGGGGAAUAAGAAGUUGAUAUGUUUGGUGGACGAUCUUAACUUAAGCAAGGCAAAUGACUUUGGUAUUCAGUCCUCGACGGAACUUAUCCGACAACUGAUUGAUCAUGGCGGUGUGUUUGAUCCAGAUACGUACCAAUGGCGUGAAGUACAAGAUGUAACCUAUAUUACUACCUACAACCCACAAAUAUCAACUACAGUCCCCAAGAUCGGAAAUCGCUUACUCAGGCAUUUUUCUUUGUUUCACGUUCCAUAUCCCAGUGUGAAUGCCCUCGAGAGAAUUUUUAGCUGCUUGUUGAAAACGCAUUUUCUAGUAUCCAGGCAAAUGUCGUCAGUAGCUAGCGUCGCUCAGGUGUUAAUCGACAAUAUAUCUACAGGAAGUAUAGACUACGUAACCGAUGAUGUGCCUAUUAGUACCGAUAAUGCAUUUAAAAACCUGUUGUCCAAGAUUGUCCGAACUACGAUAGAGUUACAAAACGAAUUAAGGGUUAUGUAUCUACCGACUGCUCAACGAUGUCAUUAUGUGUUUACUCUGAGUGACCUGACAAUGGUGUUCAGAAAUUUGUGUCUUUCUCUUCGGCAUGGCUGCACAAUCAAAGAUAUGUUGUUGCUAUGGAGACAUGAAUGUGACUGGGUUUAUAACAGACGGUUGGUCGAUUCUGUGGAUCGUGAGCGAUAUCAACAAACGCUUAUAAAUACAGUCAAAAAAGAGUUUUCAACGUCUGAUCAGGUUAAAGUCAUGCUGAGUGAAAAUGUAUUGUUUACUAACUUGGUGGAAGUAGAAGAGCGUGGUGUGGCUGGGCCUGGGGAGAGCACUACUGGUGUUAGUGAUGAGAACGUUCAACUUGCUUAUCGACCGCUGUACGAUGUUAAAAAGGUCAAGACAGUCUUAAGUCAUGGUAUAACCGAAUACAAUAAAGAUUUUCCAAAAAUCAAGCUGGCUUUACAUGAUGACACAAUCGAAGCAAUCUGUCGUCUUGUCCGGUUGUUACAAUCUCCUCAUGAAUGUAGUCAUGCUCUGAUUGUCUCUGAAGGAUCACCUGGUGCUACAUCAAGUAUCGUAAAAUUGGCCGCGCACCUCUGCGGGUUUUCACUGUGUCAAAUUAAUGCAUCCAAUAUCGGAGGAACAGCAUAUACCAUGUCAAACUUCAGAAAUUAUCUCGUUACUGCAUACAGAAGAGCUGGUGUCAAGAGAGAAAAGCUUUUGUUGUUACUGGGCGAAAAUGAUUUGGUGAAUGAUGACAUGAUGGUUCAUAUAAGUGAAUUUCUCGUUUCCUCUUCAAUUGCACAUUUAUUCUCCGAAGAAGAGCGUAUAUCAGCAAUAAAUUCUGUCAGAUCAGACGUCACCCAGGCUGGAUUAACAUACACGAAGGAUGUUGCAUGGAGCUUCUUUUUGAGAACUGUUAAGGAAAACUUAAGAAUGAUUCUCUCUGUUUCAUCACCUGGAUCAAAGUUUCAACAGAGAUGCAGAGAUUUCCCUGGAUUAAUCAACAGUAUUUCUAUUAUGUUUUUCCCUCAUUGGUCAAGAGACAAUUUGGUAUCCAGGGCAAGUUAUCUUUUACGAGAUAUGGAGUUAUUUGACAUUGCUGGCAAAGAAAAUAUGGCACACCUCUUCGCCUCUAUUCAUUUAUCGUUGAGGGAGCAAGAUCCUAGUGAAGACGCCAGCGGCUUCUAUGGACAUAUUACAAAUACAACUUUCGAGAAGUUCGUGGAGCGAUUUAUGAAUUUAUUCAAGAAACAAUACGCUUCUAUUCGUGAGGAAUACGAACGUAUGGCGACCGCUUUCGAAAAUAUAUCCAAGGCUGCUGAACUGGCUGGUCAGCGUCUAAGGCAACUGGAACAUGAAAAAGUUGUUUUAGAACAGAAAAAAGAGAGUAAUCUUCAGCUUUUAUCCCAAAUUGGUCAGGACAAGGCGAUUGCAGAAGAGCAGAUUAAGUUGAUAACUAGGCAGCGUCAAAAGAUAUUUCAUUUGCAAAAGGCUUUGCCUAAAUUUAAGGAAGCUCAUGAACGUUCAGUGUUCAAAGCAGCUGCUGUGGUAUCUGACGUGAAGCGUAUGCUCCGUGUGUUGGAUAUCAAGGCACUAGGAGAGCUGAGGGCGAUACAAAAGCCUGAUCCAGAAAUUGAAGAUAUUCUAGCAACUAUAAUUAUAAUACUUAAAUCUCCUACGUCAGACCUGACAUGGAACAAAGGUGCAAAACGAAUAAUGGCAAAUUUGGACCGAUUUUGCGAUGAUCUCGCUACGUUUGACGACUUGGAUAUAACGGAGAGCUCGUUACAAAUACUUGAUCCAUAUUUGGCCAAGCCACACUUCGAUCAUGUUUACAUGAACAACAGAGUUGAAAACCCAGCGCUGGUAAUGCUGGUCAAGUGGGUCUCUGGUGUCGCAAAGUACCACCAGAUGAUGAUAUCGAAAGUGAAACCACUCCAUACGAAGGUUGAAGAAACAACAAAAAUCGUAAACGAAGCGUCUGGUAAACUAAGUAUUUUACAAAGCAAGCUGGAAGAUCUGGAAACACGGCUUAGUUCCCUGGCAAAAGCGUAUGAGGAAGCUUCUAUAGAUAAGUGUCGUCAGUUUAAACUUACCAAGAAACUGAACUUUCAGUUGGAACGUGCUAGUUACUUCGAGAAGGUACUAUCAAAUGCUCGGGAAAGAUGGACUCAGUUUCUUCUAACGAUCAGCAAUCGUGAAGCAGCUAUUGGCGGUGCAGUUUCCAUGGCUUCAGCUUUCGCUACGUACCUUGGUCCAUACAAACAUGCUUUUAGACGAAAGAUGUUGACGAUUUAUUGGCCUGAAUGUUUACAAGAACGUGGCGUACCACUUUUGUUGGACGAUGCUCCGCACACCGUGAUUGACACGGAUUCCAUUGAGAAUAUGACAGUCCCAGACAGCGAGAUUGCAGGAGAAGUGGAUCAAGCAGAGAAUACGUCGAAUGUGAGUGAAGAAAUCCACUUGGGUGGUGUCGAAAAUGUCGUAAGUCAUGAAGAACGUCAUGACGAUGUGUCGCAGCCCCAGGAAAAUGGAGAAGUCCACUCAGGUGAUAAAGAAAAAGUCGAAGGUCACGAAGGACCCACAUUGAAAUCUACUGAAGAAACGUCACAGUCCCAUGAACCCGAACCUGAUCAAAGAAGUACUGGUGACGAACAACAAGUGGUGACAGACAACCAGGAAGAAGAAGGUGUCGUCGUAAAGGAAAAGGCAAGGCGUACAUCAAGUGGACUUCAAUCAUUAAGUUCACCCAAAUACGACGCCUAUCUACUGUCAUUGAUAAAAACUCUUGUUGGGGGCCACCAAGUACGACAAUGGUUGAAUUUAGGCAUGGGAAUGCGUGUCAUGGAGAAUGCGAGCAUCAGCAUGAACUCAUGGCAGCGCCCGCCAUUUUUAAUUGAUCCAAAUGGUAGAGGUCUGGAACUAGUACGGCGAAUGGAAAAGCACGAAAAAGUCGUCGAGAUAGAUGUUGGUGAUAGUGAUUUGGCAUCACUAAUGAACAUCGAAAAAGCCAUUACAUCAGGAAGUGUUUUGGUACUGCAUAACGUGAAUGAAAGUGUAGAUUCAAUAUUCCUUCCUUUGAUAUAUCGCAUAAACACCAACACAAAAGAUGGCGUAUGUGAUGAUCUUCAGUCUGUUAACUGUGGUGGACGACGACUCAGCUGCCAUCCAAAUUUUAGACUGUACAUCUUAACUAGUUCCCAUGUGAUGCCAUUCACGCCAGAAAUAGCAUCAAUAACAUCACUGGUUAAUUUCACCUUGGAGGACGAGAGCUUUGCAGAGGAGAUACUGUCUUUGUCAUUGUCACGAGUUCAACCCGAGAUAUCAAAGGAAAGUAAGAAGACAAUGAAUGCUCUUAUGGAAAAUCUUGUCAUCUUGGAAGACUUGGACAGCAAGAUAAUAACAAGGUUGGGUCAUCAUCAGGGCACAAACGUUUGGGAUGAGACUGACCUUAUUGCCGAAAUGGUCCAGUGUAGGGCUCAGAUAACACGACGUAUUGAGAACGCCGUACGGCACCUUGAUAAAGUCGGCAAACUGAAACAGAAGUACGUGCCAUUGUCGCAACUCGUCACUGUCUUAUUUAAUGCAAUUAAUUCAUUGUCAGCCGUUCAACAUGAAUAUCGCUUUUCCAUCGACUACUUCUUGAAGCUGUUUGAUAUAGCUCUGUGUAAGGUAAUUCCAUCGGCAGAGGUCGAGGCUAAUACAAGUGAAUCUGUGGGCGAGAAAGAAAACGACACCUUGUCGAGAGAUAUUUUGAUUCAGGUUGUUGAUGAUGAAGGAAAUAGUACUCAGCAGAAAUGGAUAGGCGAUGACAGCCAAAAUCUAAAAGGUCAAAAUACGUCAGUGAUCUUACCGCCCGAAGUUGAGCUUCCCACACCUGGAAUCACAUACGAAACAAUUUCAGAUGACAUCAUUGGUCAGCUCAUUGAUCAACUCACUAAGGGGGUGUUUGAGAGUCUGUUCAGGAGUAUAUACAGCCAUCAUCGACUCACAUUUGGUACGCUAUUAUCCUCUGUAAUUUACCAACACACCACACAUGAUGAUGAUUUUGACAAACGAAUGGAAUUCCUGAUCACUGGUGAGUUAAUUGGCACUGACAAUCUUUCUUUGGCUGACUUUGAUCCAACCCUAUUGACCCCGUCGUGGGUACCAUCUGACCGCUGGCAGAGCUUGCUAAGUUUGUCCACCUUAUCUGGUCCGCUGGAAGGACUGUGCACAAAGGUCGCUAGCAAUCCCAAAUGGCAAGAAUGGUAUUACCACGAUCGUCCUGAAACCUUACCUGUGCCUGGCGUCGAACAAGAUGAAGAAAGAGAACAAGAUCAUCAAGAGAACAAGGUCAAUGAAGACGAACCCACCGAAGAUGCGCUGACCGAUUUUCAUGGUUUGUUGAUUCUGCGUUGCCUACGUCCUGACAGACUUACUUCAGCCAUGAAGGAAUAUGUUGGGGAAAUUUUGGAUAAUCUACAGGCGCAGAUUUAUCUCACGCUUCCUGAGAUAUUGAAACAAAUCGAGCACUCUAUUCCCAUUUUGGUCCUUCUUCCUGAUAAUUCAUUCCGCGAGUCAUCGACGGAUUCCCCGGCGAAAGCCAUACUUCAACUUGCAGAGAAAGAGAAUAUUUCCUGUCAGCACUUAAUUGUUGCCAGUGGUCAUGAAAAUACAAGUGACAUCGCUCUUGCAACAGCAGUACGUUCUGACAGUUGGGUUGUCAUAGAAAAUAUUCAUUGUGCAAGUUCUGCCUGGCUAAGACAACUCUAUGUUCGUUUGGAGCGAUUACGCUCUCAAGCAGAGGCGUCAUCUUCACCUGGACAAUGGCGUGUUUUCAUGACAACUAAACCAAGUCUAUUAUUGCCAGAAUCACUUCUUUACCUUGCCCAUCCACUCGCUUGGGACUUUGUACAAAUGGAAACAAGUGAAGUUGCGAAGGAUACGAGUUCAUUCGAUGAACACUUGAAAUAUGAUCUAGUUUCGGCUAUAGUAACGUCACUAAAUAGAAUCUCCACAGAAACAUGGGACGAAGUGAAGCGUGGUUCGUUGUUUGUUCGUACAACAAUCUUUCGUUUGUGUAUCUUUCAUAAUAUCUUAUGUGCCAGACAAGAGUUUGGAACCCGAGCUAUGAUCAAGGAAUAUCCAUUUGGUGUAUACGAUUUAGAGUAUGCUAUCAGGCUUUGCACUCAGCUGUGUGUUACUGAGGAGAUGGCUGAUCCAAAAACUAUUACCAAUCUUUGUUUUUCCGCCAUUGAAAUGGCGUAUGGAGGUAAGAUGAGUAAACAACAGGAUCACGAGUAUCGGCGUUGCCUGAUGAAUCGAAUACUUGAGGUAGAAGAGGAAUCGUUAUUAAAAAUUGGGGAAAUGACAUUCCCACUUCCGCCAAUGAACGUUGAGCCUUGUGACUAUGGACAGUGGUUGAAUGAAAAACUAAAGAUCGAUGGCGCAAAAGAUCUCGCUUUGACCGCGGUUCAACCUGACGGUAGCGUGAAGAUGGAAAGUGAUGAGUAUUGCGCCCUUACAAUCGUAAGAGAUCUGGGUAUUUUGAGAGCUGGCGCACGUGGUCCGCUUGUACACGAAUUAAGCGACAUGACGGCUUUACGUCGCAAUUUAGAUACGUGCUUAGAACGCUUGCCCACUCUUCUAAAUCUCAAUGCAACGAAAUCGCCAGCGAUAAUCCUGUUGCCAACAGUUUUAUCCCAGUUGCGUGCCUUGUCUUUGGCCUCAGAAGCAAGCAGCGUUGUGUCAAAUCACGACGAAAAUCCUCCAGAAAAUCCUCCUCUGGAAACAAUGAUCUGUGCGUUACAACAGGAAUGUGAAUGGUUUAACACAAUUCUAUGUCAUGUCCGUCAAUCCUUGCAUACAUUGGAAGAAUGUGUUUUACGUGGGUUGCAUGCGGUGCCUUCGUCGAUGAAUGCUGUCACCAUUCCAUUGCAAUAUGGUUUGGUACCUUGUAGCUGGCUCCAUGUGAACUGGCAGCCUGCAUCACAUUCACUUUAUUCCUGGCUAGAAGAAUUUCAACAAUGUCAUAAGCAACUGGAAAGCUGGAUUGGCAAACACUAUGUACCCAAUCCAGAACAAGAAUUAACUUUUAGACGUGGUACACUUGAUAAGAUAUGGCUUGGAGGGCUUGUGAAUCCAGCAGCCCUGGUGAACGCGUUGAAACAUGAAAAAGCAACGAGCUGUGAAUGUUCUGUGGAAGAUGUUGCUCUUGUUUCUUGUGUUGGCAAAAAUUCCUCUGACUGUGGUGAAGACUCUGGUGAAGGGAUCACCUUAACUGGACUAUACGUAGAAGGUGGACUGUGGGAAAUCAAUUCAGGUCUUAUUCCAUCAAGCACUAUACUGUCAAGGAUGCCUGACGUAUUUGUUAAAGCCGUGUAUAUUGGAGACGGGAAAAAAGAGCCUGAAAAUAUUUAUGAUUGCCCAGUGUAUCGAAAUCGGUCUCGUCAGUAUAGUCCUUUUAAAUUGCCACUGAAAUGCUCUGGUCUUCCUCAAGAGCUUCUCCUGAAAGGGGUUGCACUUAUUAUAGAUCCGGGAGAAAUUCAAAGCGUGUGGAAAUUACAGCACGAUCGUGUCACAAAAUAAUUCGUUGAUAUGUGUUUUAAUUUGUUAAAGCCGCGUUCGUUAUUAUAAAUAUUUGCCAAAAGGUUCAAUAUCACAUGUUCAGACAUUUAUGCAUAAAUCAUUUGCCGAGUUCCUAUUUUAGAGGCACACUAUGUUUUUAUUGUUUUUAUUAGAACAAUUGUUACAUACGUUGUAUAUAUUUAAAUGAAAAGA